AUGACUGGUAUCUCAUGGACCACUGUUCUAUUCAGUCUUUUUGUUAUUUAUAUCGCACAUUCACUGUAUUCAAUCUACGCUCUUUUCCAUCCAGCAUUAUGUGGACAAGGGGCAAAAUGUCUUAUAGUAGGCCCAAUGAUACAACGCGAUGCCAAAACUAAGGAAUUUCCGCCGAUACAGUUGCGGGUUUACGCAUCAGUUAACAUGGAUCCACGCAGGUACGGUCGUGUUAUAGAUCAGCUGGCAUUCUUAGACAUUGACGAGGUUUUGGAAAGAGAGGUGACUGUCGAACUUCCAAGUCAUACAAGAAAUAAUGGUUCUCUCUAUAUUCAUAGCUUUUUGCUUCCAGCUCAGUAUAAGAGCCAGGACCCUUACCAGGCGGACUGGAGAAUAGUGAAAACUGCAAAGAUGACUGCUUACCAGGUUCCUGAAGCUGAGUUUUUUAAUUUGAUAACGAGUAAAGAGUCUAAUUUCGAGGAUGAGUCGGCAAGACCGUCUAAGCAGCUACGAGAAUCGGGCACUCCAGUAACUCAUUUUCGCUCAGUGCUUCCACUGACGAUAGUCGGUGAAUCUCCAUUUUUUGACUUCAAGCAAAUUUCACCGGAAGUAAUUAACAAAAUGGAUUUAUUUCACAAAGAUAAUGAAGUUUAUUACUGGCCAAUCUUCUAUAUUGAUGAGAUGAGUUUUCGGUCAAAGGAUCUUGUUGAGGUGAGACCCGAGGACAAGACUGUGAAAUUAAAAAUACAGUACAGGCCAAUUUCUAUUGGAAAAUUCCGAUUUCUUGUGAAUGUUGAGGCGUCUUUAAUUCAGUUUAAACAGCUUGGUUUCAAGGACAAAGAUAUCGAUGAGUUAAAAGGGAUUUUUGUGGACACAAACUUUUAUUUUCUCGCCCUAACAGUUUUUGUGGCUGCAACACAUAUUUUACUUGACUGCCUUGCUUUUAAAAAUGAUAUCGCAUUUUGGAGAGGAAAGAAAAAUAUGGUUGGAUUGUCGUCAAGAACUAUUGCUUGGCGGUGCUUUAGUCAGACGAUAAUAUUCCUCUACUUGCUGGAUGAGGAGUCAAGUCUGUUAGUUGUAGUUCCUAUUGGAAUUGGUUGCCUUAUUGAAUUUUGGAAAGUUUCUAAAGCUUUAAAGAUAUAUAUAACAUUCGAAGGAGGGUUUCUUCGGAUCAAGUUUGGAGAAAAGUCAACUUCGGAGGAAGAAACUGAGUCAUUUGAUUCUGAGGCUAUGCAGUAUCUUGCUUUGCUUCUAACUCCACUUUGUAUUGGCGGUGCACUUUAUAGCCUAUUUUAUGUUCCACAUAAGUCGUGGUAUAGUUGGGUGAUACAGUGUAUUGCAAAUGGCGUAUAUGCUUUUGGAUUCUUGUUCAUGUUGCCGCAACUUUUUGUGAACUAUCGCUUAAAAUCAGUGGCGCAUUUACCUUGGAGGGCUUUCAUGUACAAAGCAUGCAAUACGUUUAUUGACGAUAUUUUUGCUUUCAUUAUCACGAUGCCUACAGCUCAUCGUUUGGCCUGUUUCCGUGAUGAUGUUGUAUUUUUGAUUUACCUUUGUCAACGGUACCUUUAUCCUGUCGAUAAAACUCGCCCAAACGAGUAUGGAGAAAGCUUUGCUGAAGAAUUGGUCAAAGAACGUGUUAGUGGUGGUAAAAAACAGUUAUCUCUGCAGAAAACGAAGUCUGUUAGUGAAAAGAAGCAAAAUUAA